UUCUGAUUGAGUUAUCCUGCCUGGCUAUUAUAGAUAUAUAUUUAACAACUGUUGUUGCUUGUUGGGGGAACAUGAUAAGUUUUGAUGGCAUUCUACGAUACUUGGCCAAAGUGGGAUCCUGUUAUAAUACUGGUGGUGUUAUGCCUGAUCGUGUUAGUUGACAGGAUCUGGGAGAUGAUUCUCACCAAGAGACAGCAAUUGGUGUGCCUGAACUCGAUUAUGGUGCCGGACGAGCUGCGAGGGAUCAUUCCGCCGGAAGUCUACUUUCGGGCUCGCAUCUACGAGCUGCACAAAACGGAACUGCAGAUCUGGAAGUACCUGAUCGACCUGAUUCUCUCGCUGUGUGAGCUGGCCCUGGGCUUCUACCCCUUCCUCUGGGGCCUGGCCACCAAGACCCUGCAACCGGUUACCUCCGCGGAGAUCUGGAUCAGCCUGAUCUUCGUCUUCUACCUGACCAUCUACAUAUGCCUGCGGUUCCUGCCCGUGCUGAUCUACGACAAGUGUCUGCUGGAGCUGCGCUACGGGCUGUCGGGCAAGUUCCCGUGGUACCUCUACUGCUGCAUUGGCGCCCUGGCCAUCCUCCUCAGCCAGCUCGUCCUGCUCCCGCUGGCCGCGGCCAUUGUGUUCAGCGUGACGCUCCUCGGGUACUACUUCUUCCUGUGGUUCUGGCUCUUCUGGGCCGUGUUCACCCUGCUGCUGGUCUUCUUCCUGCCCUACUGCUGCAUCCCGUGCAUCGGGCGGCAGGUUGUCCUUCCGGAGGGCACUGCGCUGCACGCGGAGGUGAAGCGGGUCUGCGACGUGGUGGGAUUUCCCAUGAAGCGCGUGUUCAUCAUCAAGACCCGGACGAUGCAGUACAGCAAUGCCUACUUCUACGGAAGUUGCUGCCUCAAGCGGAUUGUGAUCUUCGACACCUUGCUGCUGAACAAGGGAAUGGACGCCAAUGACCUCCACCCCUACGAGGUGGGGCGAGGACUGACCAACACCCAGGUGGCGGGCGUGGUGUGCCACGAGUUGGGCCACUGGAAGCACGGACACUUCUACAAGGCCACGAUCAUCAUGAAGCUGCACUUCUUCCUCACCAUGGGACUCUUCGGCCUGCUCUUCCACUGCCCGCAGCUGUACAUGGCGGUGGGAUUCGAAUCCGGCCUCUGUCCCAUCAUCGUGGGAUUCAUCAUCGUCCUCAGGUUCGCCCUCACUCCGUAUCUCACGCUGGCAAAUGUCCUGAUGCUGUGGAAUCUACGUCGCUUCGAGUAUGCCGCCGAUAGCUUUGCCCAUCGCAUGGGAUACUCCAUCCAACUGAGAUUGGCCCUCGUCAAGAUCUAUGCCGAUCACAUGAGCUUCCCGGUCUACGACAACUGCUACGCCCGCUGGCACCACACGCACCCCACGAUUCUCCAGCGGUUGGCCUACCAGCAGAAACUGGAUGCGAAGGCCAUGAGAUCUGGACCCUAUCAGACCUAGUAGUCCCAGACAGUUACUUCAUUUUUUCGUAUGUUUUUCGAGAUACCCUGUUAAAUUGCCCGUAUGACUCGAACACAAAUUGCCACGCCCCGCUGUGGGUCCAUUACCAAAUUGGUGGUCAGCAUCGGCAGCGGGUGAGUUAAUAACAAUAGCAAUAAUAGAAAAGGAAGUGGAACAACGUGGAGGAUCGAUCACGGGAAAUCCUUAAGCUCUGAUGUGACCCUCCGCUUUUCUUCUCUUCUGUACUCCCCAUCUAUAGUAACGUCUUGAUAAGAAUAAAAUUGUUAAAGUCAA